AUGUCUAAAUCGGCCAAUCGACUUCUCAAUCAUUUGACAAAUUCAAGUAUCGAGUCAGCACCAGAUGGGGGCAGUAUAUUCGGGCACAGACCGAUUCGAAGGCAAAUGUCAAAUGCUGUUUAUAUUUACAAACAUCAACUUCCCAAAGACAAUUGGUUAGCGAAAGAAUUGGAAAAUGUAACAGGAAACAAACUAAGACCCGUUGGUUCAAUUAUCCGUCGAAGUUCAAAUUCCUCUCGACGGCCGUGCAAAACUCCAUCAGAUUUACCAUCAAAUCCCCCAUCACCUCCGCUCGAUCCUAGUACAUUAAAACAACAACCUCUUUUAACAACUUCUUCCCUCGCAUAUCCAACAAGAUUUAGGGCAUCAGUACCUGCUAUUUCAAUUGAAAAAGACGAAAAUCUGCAUGAGGGAGGGCGUGAAGAUGUAAUUAAUUUUGUGGACAACAAAUCAACGACAGCAGCAACAGCUGAUGAAUUGAUGCAAAUGUUAAUGGAGGAUGAUGGUACUGAUAGACCUAUUAUCUUUACAGUUUUUGAGGCUGCUAAUAUAGAUGGAGUGAGGCAUUUGUCUUCAAAAAGUCGUUGUACUCGGUUAGAAUUUAUGAAAAUAUUUUUAAAAUUUGUGUGGCUUUUGGAUGGAAGAGUGCUGAAUAAGCGGUUUAGUUACCAGAAUAUGGCCCCUGUCUCAUUUUAA